AUGGCUAUCAUUGAUCCUCCAAACUCAAAGCCUCAUCAGAUACAUAGCACUACCGUCAGACCUAGUAUAUAUGAUUUACAAAACGAUGAGUUCAUGGAGCAGCUUACCAAAGAAUCCAACAAGAUCACACAGGGAAGCUCCUUCGCAUACACCCAACCUUCCUCGUCUCUUAAACCUAUCAAAAGCGGUGGAACGUCUAAAGCACCAGAAGUUCGAAAAUCUAGAUUCGCCCUCGAACGUGAAGCCGAACUAGAGGCCGCUCGCCAAAAGGCUGAGUCCGAUAUGCUACCCCUGUCUCAACAGGUUCCAACAGGAAGAUUUCAACUUGAUUUGAGUGAUGAUGAAGAUAUUCCCACAAGUGCUAUGUCGGAACAUAAUGUCGAUCAAUUCGAAAAGAACAUUCCAUCUGCGAACUUUCGAAACCCACUUCUAGGGGAGAUUGUUGAAAGAGAUGACUUGACGGAACCAAAUGACGACUUUGAGUCCAAAUUUGAGCCCAGUGGAUUUCCUAGCGCUGGACCCUCUGAACAUUUUUCGAUGAAAUGCAAGCUCUCAUCUCCAUCAGCCGGGGAACUCCAUGCUUCGAGCGACCAAGCGACCUUUGACUUCCCGAUUCCUUCGUGUUCUACCAAGACAGUAUCUUCCAGCUCCGAAUUCUCUCUUGAGACCAAGACAAGUAUUGCGGCUGAAAAUCAAUCAAAUUUAGCAAACAUGUCCGAAGCUGAAAUCCUAGCGGCUCAAGCCGAGAUCAAGGCUAUGCUGAUGAAGUCUAAUCCUACCUUGUUGGAGCAACUACUCAAGAAGAACAAUGUAUCUACUUCUCAAUGUAGCCAGCCCGAUUAUAAAAAUGACACUAUUCCUGAUCAUUCAAAUGACAUAAAGUCCCGUCAGAAAUCCACUAAGCGUGUCCAAUUCUCAGAUGAUAUCCUCGUAUCCUCUUCUGAAGAUUCAACUCCCAUCAAACCUGGGCAAGAGUCGUCUUCAUCAGCCGUCACCCAUGAGACUCACGGACCGACUAAAUCCAACUCCAAAGCUGCAUGCUCGCAUCAAGCCAUCCAUACGUUGGCCAAGACUCAAUUCAAUUUCGAUAUCAAGGGGCAGAUGCUGCCAGGAAGGCUCAGUGAUGAUGUCGAUUCGACAACAAACCAAUGUGAUGACAUUCAUCCACAACGGGCGGAGAGUUUCAAACUUCAGCAGCUGUUUGGAUUCAUCAUGUCAUCAGUUCCAUCCCAGCGAGUAAUGGGGUUCAAGAUCAUGACACGGAUCACUGACCGAUACUUAGGCAUUCAAAACGAAAGUCGCAAGGAGGUCGCCGUCUUUGGAGAAACGGAAUUGCAGCCUGCAAUUCCAGAUAUGAUCUUGGCAUCAUCCCACGCCUUGGGCGAAAAAAAUGUGGGCCUAGCGGACAGCGCGCUGAUGCUACUUUACUCCGUCUCGUGUGGAUUACUAUCAAUUAAGCAUAAUAACCCGAAAUCUUUGCCGGCAUCCAAAUUAGAGUGGAUAGAAGAAUUAUUCACUAAGCUUGACAUUUUGGCCAAGAUCCAGUCACACUUUCGAUUUCAAGUCUUAUCUAAAUUUUCCUUAAUUGUCAUGGUCAAAUUGUUGAAUACUAUCAUUCAAUUAGGAGAUUCGGCGCGAGUCUCUGAAGAGAUCACCAGAAGAUCUAUGCUUCUUGAGGACAUCAUUCAGCUCUUGGUCUCAGUUCCCUGGCCACCUGUCACAAGCCACCGAUUUGAAGUGCCGAGCUUGGACUGCCUCCAUCUGUUGCACACUUUAGCUCUCUCCUCACGGCAAUGUAGCCAGUCUUUAGUCGAUCGCGGACUUUUGACUCCUACGUUUCGCUUUCUCGCCUUGCCGUAUUGGACCCUAGACAUUUCCGCGCAUUCAGACUCUACAUUGAUGAUGGCCAACUUCAUGAGGCAGCAAUUCAUCCUCAUAUCUACCUUUGCAGCAUAUGGUCUCGGUACAAGUCUAAGGACCACUUUAGAUGCGUUAUUGCGACCGAUCACGCUUGGUCUUCAGAAAAGGCUCUCGGUCGCUAUUGAUAUGGCCACUACCAAUGUCGAUGGUUCUGAUUAUCGAGUUGUUGGGGAGUUAGAGCUCAUCUCAGCUUAUCUAGACUUGUUAAGGAAUUGGAUGCGAUGUGCAAACGAUCCUCACGUCAUCGUCCCUCCUCAUAGCAUUAAUUGGUCACAAGUUACCGAAUGGAGCGUCGACAGCAUUGAAUUUAUAGAGAUCUGCUUAAAAGAAAGACACGCCGUUGAUGUGGCUCCGAAUACGAGUUCAAGAUACAUGUCGAACAGUGUUCUCGCAAGCGCCUGCGACUUAUUAGUUGAAUACUUGACAGGAUCCUUGAAGAAGAAUAGCCACAUUACUGAAUUCCUGACACAACUCUCCCGACUGGGAUCCCAGUUACAAGAGCGUCUUCAGCGAUCUACCGAACGUGUCCUUUCCGUGUCCAAUGACGCCAAUAAACUUGCUCAGAAAGCUCAAUGUCAUGACGAUGCUCGCCUGAUCACGAGCAUGGCUCGACUUUAUUCAUGUAUACAACUUACCCACCAUGAAGAACUACGCAACGGCUUCUCUUCAUGUAAUGAUGUGGAGGAUUGGUAUCCCAAUGAGGACGAUUUCGCCCUAGCUUGUCAAUCAGCGGCUAACGCCGAUCAACUAUCCACUGUUCCCAGUAGCUUUUGUCUCCUAUACAAGCAGCUGGAGACUAAAAUGCCGGAUUGGAUGUGUGCUGCCAGCCUACUGCUGCGUAACUCUGACGGUGAUAUGAUCCUAUCGGCGAUUACGACCACGAUCGACCAUCUUCAAAGCGCAAUCACAGCAUCAGACUUCAGUGAUUCCAACGAUCUACUUACGGCGGCAGAAAGCGAAGAGCAGGGCUUGGCGCCUGACAUCGAGCUCUUGCGCCCUUUGUGUCUUACCCGACCCCUCAGCAGACGCGAUUGCUUAUGA